AUGAGCUACUUUUCGGGCUCCGGCGAUUUGGCCGGUACAACUGCAGAGAACUACAACUUUGACACACACUCCAAAGACCGAAAUAAUAUUAAAAACGAAACGACCUACCUUCAAGAUGUUCAGGAGGAUUGUUUUUACACCGAACAAAAUACUUCAAUGCGAGGAGAUGAUACUACAGAUAUAAAUGCUAACAACACUAGUGAAGAUAAACGACCCAACUAUUUUCAAGACUCUCAUCAUAUUUCUAUGCACGAACCAUCUACUACAGAGCUAGUGCCAUUGACCAUUUAUCCUACUGAAACAGACUUACAAAAUAAUGGUAUUGUGCAUACGGGUGACGUUAGUAGCAAUACUGUUACAUCGUUGGGAUCUCCUGAGGAACGGUCACCAGCGUCUACUGAUCAACAGCAGCCACAGCAGCAGACUGCUACGACUUUGCCCUCAAAGCCUCCGUAUUCGUACGUAGCUCUAAUCUCGAUGGCCAUUGAACAUUCGCCGUAUAAACGAGUUACGUUAUCUGAAAUUUAUAAAUACAUCACGGCUAAGUUUCCAUACUUCGAGAAAAACAAAAAAGGUUGGCAAAAUUCGAUAAGACACAAUUUGUCGUUAAACGAGUGUUUUGUCAAAAUACCUAGGGAUGGAGGCGGUGAUAGAAAAGGCAACUACUGGACUUUAGAUCCAAAAUACGAUAACAUGUUUGAAAAUGGAAACUAUAGAAGACGUCGAAGAAUGAAAAGACCAUAUAGAACAACACCUUAUAGUAGACCUGGAACUUAUUUUGGACCAGAUUAUAGUAGAGGUAUUUUAGGAUCACAUCCUACAAAUUUUGGUUCAAAUCCAAAUGUAACACCGAGAUUUGAUCACAGUAAUAGUUGGCCUAUAUCACCUUACUCGGCAGUUCCUCAAACGCACCAAUUGCAUUUUCCUCUAUCAUCUCAGUUGCAACCAGUGCAAUCUGUUCAGAUCUCAUCAAUGAAUCAUUCAAAUUACAAUCAUUUACCAACAACUAUGGCAAGCCCAAGUAUGACUUUUGGUGGGACAUAUCCACAAUGUCAACGGCGUCAACAACAAGAGGUAUUACCAGAUACUACUCUUCAGUAUUCUUAUUGGGCCACAUCAACAUCUUCUCCAGAUCAUAUGAUUUCAGUGAAAGAUGAACAUUUGAAUUUAUUGGAAAAAACACAAGAUACAUUGAACCUUGACCAUUUUGAGGUACAACCCCCAAACGUAGAUUUUGAAGUUACAGAUUCACGACAAAAAUGUUAUUUAUGAAAAACGAUUUGUAAAUCUUUAUGCACUCAUUUAUAUGGUUCUAUGAUAUAAUGUUUACAUUUAAUGCAUUAAUAAUAAGUAGGUAACAAAGAAAUGUAACUUAGAAUGUAUUAGUAUUACAUGGCAUUUUUAUCUGAAUUCAAAGUUUAUAUAAUUAUUAAUUUAUGAAGUACUAAUAUUAUAGUAAGCGUUACUAAGGGGAUUCUAAGAGGCAGGCCAAGUUUAACAUAUUUAUUAUUUUAGUAGGUUCCUAAAAAAAAAAAAUAUUUAAUUUAAUUUAAAAAUGAUUUUGUUAAUUUGUAAGUAUUAAUAAGUUUAGCACUUGUUUAUACUUAUAAGUAUGUGUUAAUUAUAUAUUAUUGUGUUUUUAGCUUAAUGUCAAAGCAACAAAACACAGAAUAUUUAUUUCUUAAAUAUUGUUACCAAAUGGAUUAAAUUGUAUGUAUACCAAAACAAUUGAA